UGGUAAAUCCAUAUUUAUUUGCACGUCAAUAUUUAGCUAAGCUGUCGGUUGUUUACUAAUUUCCAAUUUUGCGAAACAGUUCAAAAAGUAUAUCCGUUCUUUGUUUAUUGUUUAUACAGUUGAAUAAAACAAUGGCUGGGCAGUUCCCUAGUGGUUAUCAGAGCCCCAGUGGACAGAGAGGCAAUUUCAACAGUCCAAUGAUGCAGCAACAAUUGAAUCAAAUGGGUGUUUCUAAUCAAAUUGGCAUGAUGGGUUUUGGCCAGAACAAUGUCAUUUCAAACCAACAACAAAUGCAAUCCAGCGGAGCUCAGGGUGGACAAGAGAUGGUCAUGAAUCAAAAUGUUCAACAACAGCAGCUGCAGUUGAGCGGUCAACAAACGUCUAAUCCGAAUCAAGUACCUGGUCAAGGACAGCAACAAGCACAAGGUCAGAACCAAUCACAACAACAGCAAGGAUCUCAGCAAUCCCCACAACUAGGAAUGACCACUACUGGCCAAACUAGCACAACCGGCGGAGGAAAUAUGAUGGCUAACGUACCACCUGGACAGCCUGGAUCUGGUCCAGUAGCAAAUCUGCAAUCAUCGAAUACACAGCAGAAAGAAUUCAACCUGCUGACACUUUGUCGUAUUGGUCAAGAAACAGUUCAAGAUAUUGUUAGCCGUUUCCAAGAAGUUUUCGGUAUUCUACGCGUUAUCCAACCACCGAAUGGAACAAAUCAAGGACUCACUUCGAGUAACGAUAAAAAAGCUAAAGUUCAAGAACAAUUUCGCACCAUUCGAUUACUGUUUAAAAGAUUACGGCUACUGUACGAUAAGUGCAAUGAUAAUUGCCAGCAGGGCAUGGAAUAUACGCACGUUGAAAGUCUUAUUCCGCUAAAAGGUGAACAGGAACGGGCCGAACCAGUGCACACAGAGGAGUACAAGAAAGCUUUACAGGAAAAUAGGGAAUUGAUUGAAAUUGUAAUGCUAAAAAAUAAACAGCUACGAGAGAUUAUUGACAAGAUUAGACUUACGAUUUGGGAAAUUAAUACGAUGCUUAGUAUGAGAAGAUGCUGAGGGUAAGUUGAAUUGAUUGUGCUUGAAAGGGAUGAACCAUCGUUUUAUUUCUUUUAAUCAAAAGUUUUCCGUUUACUGUUUGGUACGGUAUUUUAUUGCACCAUGGUAUUACCUUAACUCAAAUAAAUAGUCGGUUUCGUCUCGUA